ACUGCCCUGCACCCAGAGAGUUCAACCAAUUUCACUGCAUGUAAUAUUUGCCCGCGUGAAAGAGCGAAAGAAGGUAAAGCUAUUUCUUAUUCAUACAGAUACGAUUGAAGGCUUGACUUUGGUUGAAGAUGGCAACUGCUGUACCUUCACCCCUGGCAAGCUCUGUGGAGAGGACAAAUGGAGCCAAGCUGAGCAGACUUCUCGUUGAUGGUGGAACAACAGUUCUAAAGAAACAUUUUGACCAGUAUUAUCCUCCAUCACGUCUGGCGACUAGCCUCAACAGCCACUAUAGUACUCUCAAUGACCUCUUUAGGGAUGGACAUUUGCAUACACCUCAGUGGAACAAAUUGUUCCCAACUGGAGGAGGCCUCCCAAAUUCCAAGAAUUUUGACAUUUCUCUUCUGUUCCUCCUCCUGACCAACAUUUGUGGACUUUCUCCUCCCCAUGGAGGGUGGCACAGGAAACCACACCCCAGGGACCACUCUCGUGAGGCAAACCUUGCUCGCAUCAAGUUUUUCCGGAAUGAGUUGUACGAUCAUAUUACCACUACCGGUAUUGAUACACCUACUUUCAAUGCCUUUUGGCGCCAAAUUAGUGGCGCUCUUCAUGGUCUCGGCUUGGAUAAGGCAGAAAUUGAUAGAUUAAAGGCAGAGCAUGGUGGAGAGGAAGACUACAUAGGUGUGUUAUGCGAAUGGUCUGUCAGCGAACAGGAUAUUAAGUCACAGCUGGAGGACAUACUUCUAUCUCAAACCGAAGUACAACAAGCUGUUGAUGAAGUGCAUUUGACUCAACUAGAGGAUCGUAGAAUACUUCAGGAUAGCAAGAAGAAACUGGAAGAAGUACAUCAGGUACAGACCGAAACACAGCAAACUGUUGAUGAAGUAUGUCAGUCCCAGAUCCAAACACAGCAAACUGUUGAUGAAGUACGUCAGUCCCAGACUGAAACACAGAAAACCGUUGAUGAAGUACGCCAGUCCCAGAUCCAAACACAGCAAAUUGUUGAUGAAGUACGUCAAAAACAACUAGAAGAUCGUGGGACAAUUCAAGAUAGCAACAUGAAGCUACAAGAGGUAUUUCAGAUCGAGAGAAAAACACAUCAAGUUGUCACAAAUGUUCGUGAAACUCAAACUGAUGAUAGCAAAGUAAUUCAGAAAAUAAGUGAGAGGCAAACGAACACAGAGAGGGGAGUUGCGAAGCUGCUCGACAGACAGGAAGAAUUCCAUCAGAUACUUCAGGAGACAAAGUCAAGAGUAGAAGAAAGCCACGAGAAGCUAUUGACAGCCCAAGAUGAACACUUUGAAGCUAUGCGACAAGAUUUGAAGGAAAGAGGUGAAGACUCUGAAGGGCGAAGAGAAAAGCACAGAGAAAACGAAAUUCUCAAGAAACUCGCUAAGAUUGAUACCUUGAAGAAUGUAAGAGAUCACGCCGACAGAUACGUAGAGGGAACGCGUUUGUCAAUCCUAGCCGAAGUCGAGAGUUGGUUAGAAGACAGAAGUUGCCCAAAUCGUGUGAUGGUGAUCAGUGGAAAUGCUGGGAUGGGGAAGUCUGUAAUCUCAGCCGUUAUGUGUGAAAAGAUGCAAGAAGCUGGGCGGCUAGCCGGAAGCCACUUUUGUCAGCAUGGCAGGGCGCGCCACAGGAAUCCCAAGGUGAUGCUACAGUCUUUAGCCAGUCAGCUGUGUGAUUCUCUGCCAGACUACAAGAAAGCUCUCGUAGAAAAGCUGUCAAGAAAUCUGGGUGUGGAGAUAAACAACAUGGAGGUGAUGGAUCUGUUCGAAGUGCUGUUUGAAGAACCUCUAGCCAGCUUGAACGACCCUGGUUUGACCUAUCUGAUGGUAAUAGAUGGACUGGACGAAAGCGAAUUCCAGGGACGAAAUGAGCUUGUAGACGUAAUUGCUAAUUACUUCCAAAGUCUUCCACUGUGGAUUCGAUUUCUGGUGACAACGCGACCGGAAAGAAACGUAGCAGAAACUCUAAAGAAUUUGCGCCCCUUGCAGCUGGAUCCAAACGUUGAAGAGAACGUGAAGGAUAUUCAAUUCUGCUUUGAAAAGCGACUCGGCCAUUUAUUGCAAUCUGAGCAUCGAGAAAUCAUCUUGCAAGCGCUGGUUCAAAAGUCAGAGGGAGUCAUGCUAUACGCACAUUACCUGGCAGAUUUCAUAAAGAAGGAAGUGCCAGUUUUAACCCCUGAACUGCUGGACAGCAUCUUACCAUCAGGUAUUUCGUCUGUAUACCAGUCGUAUUUCAAGCGUCUGGAGACUGAACUUUGUAAGGAACUUAACGUCACGGAGGACCACUUCAUAACAUGGGUGUCCAAUAUCACAGCUGCAAGAGAGCCAUUGCCACUCGGUUUCGUGUCUAAAUUGUUGCUACCAGGUAGAUCGACAUCAUUGGUUCAACGAAAGGUAAAUGUGGCUAUUGCUUGUUUCUCGGCACUUCUACCCGUUCAAGACGAUUGUAUUCACUUCUUUCACAAGUCGGUUAAAGACUGGUUGAUUGAAAAAUCUAAUUACAAACAGCACUGCUUCAGUGUGGACGAAAAAGAAGGCCAUGAGGUCCUUUCCAAGCUCUGCAUUGAUGAGCUUGACCAGGUGAAACGAAAAGGCGUUGACUGUGUGCAGUUCACUGACACUACAAAUUACGCUUUGCGACAUGGAGUUCAACACAUGCUACAAACAGAGGAUGCGAGAGUAUGCAGCCUUGAGGACGUUGUUAAGAAAUUUGUUUUGGACGUAGAGCUUGUGUACGCAAAGUUGUGUGUAAAUGUUACAGCAGCUUCUGAAGACAUUCUUUGCGUCCAGAAGCAAGUUGAUAUCGAAGAACUUCAAAGGGCCCUUAACACUUUGUUGGUCUUGUUACGAAAGCAUAUUGGGACAUUAGAAAAGUUUCCCCGCAACAUCUUCCAAACCUUGUUGAACGAGGGGGGACCUGAACUGUCAUCUGAAGCUUCACACCUUUUAGAAAUUAAAUAUUCUGAAAUGGCGUAUAUGGAAUACUUGCAUAAGGAGGAUCUGCAAGGGGGUGUUCAAGCCAAAUUUGAAUGUUCAGCUGCCGUAGCUUGUUUUGAUGUUUCACCGCAGUUAGACUACAUGGUGUGCGAAUGUAGAGAUAACACGAUACAGCUAUGGUCGCUCCAUACUGGAAAGCAGCUAUGGAAACGAGAUGUCGUGGUUCAGAAAUAUUACCACUCGUACUGUAGAAAACCUAGAUUGUUGUUUGGUAAUGAUGAUGAUGAUGACUAUGAACCAUAUAGACCAGUCCUGUCAUAUCAUGCCAGGUCAUUAUACCGCUCAGUAGUGUUUCAUCCCACAGAGGACCUUGUCUUACCAGGAAUCCUCAGCCAUGCCUAUACGUUUGACGGGGACCUGAAACCUCUUUUUCUUUCGAGCGAGUGCCUUUUUUCGGUUUGUUCAAUUUCUGCAGACAAGACCGAGAUGCUAACUGAUUGCACCAAUGAUGCUAAAUCAAUUAUCAUGUGGAGUCUGACAGAUGGUUCAGAGAUAAGUCGUUUUACAUGGAGUCACGAUAUUGUGUCCUUUGCUUGGUCUCGCGAUGGAAGACUGUUAGCAAUUUCUGACCCUUCUGGUUCGAUUGGUUUGCUUGACGUAAUGGAUGGUUAUAGAACUCUAGCACAGACAACUAUUCCAGAAGUAUGCGGAAUGAUAAAGUUCUCCCCUGACUGUCGAUGCCUUUAUUGCUUGGUUUUCAACAGUGCAAGGUGCGAUCUCUUUCGUUUAGACGUCGACAUGAAAAAUGACGCCAACUUUUCUCUAGAUGUUUUGCCUAAUAAAGUGUCUUAUGAGCUGUGGGAAUUUGAAUCGUGUGGUGAGACCGGCUUUUUAUUAGGAGAUCCUUUUUACUCUUCAUUUGAAAGAUAUACCGUGCUCCCAGGACUUGCAUUUGUGCUGAAUAAACAAUCUGUAUUGAGAGUUUCUUAUUCUGAUUACAUCGUAGAGAUGUUGCAGUUUGAUGAACUGUCAAAAGACAGUGCCGGAGUUUCAAAGAUUACAGUGACGAAUGUCGUAUUAUCAUUGAAUGGUGACGCGCUGUUUGUUAUCACUACAACAGGUGGCAGUCCAGCAACACUUAAGGUUUGGGACAUUUCAAGUGGUAUGUUCAAACCUGGGAAAAGAGUUUUAGAAGACACUGGUGAGCUCGAUGAAUAUAAUCUUGUAGCUGUAAGAGAAGGUGUUUUGUUGGAGAUCAGUCACGACACGCUUGAGCUGUGGAAUUUUGAGUUGACUGAGUGCAUCCGACGUUGGACUGACUUCGGGGUCAUCAUUAAAGUAAUCCCCAUAUCAGAAGAACGCGUGGCCUGUGACGGAUUGGAAAAAGUCAUCAUUGUGGAUACAACUAGUAGGGAAGGCAUUCUGUCAAAAAUUCCCAUUAAUGGGAUGUUUGUUGCUUGUAACAGUAAAUGUCAGGUGAUAACCUCUGUUGAGGAGGAAUUGCAGAUGCAAUGUGGAGACAAAGUACUCUGGAAGAUUUCGCAGCCUUUCAAAUUUUUUGGCUUUCCUCUUUGCUGUACAUUUUCUCCUACUGAACAGUAUUUCGUACUUCCUGGAUACAGGGCAUUUUACGGUGCCCUUUACGUCCUCGAUGUAGUUUCUGGAAAAACACUCCACACAAUACAACCAUGUACUCGUGACCUCUCGUUAAUUGAAAACCUUCAAUGCAAGUGUGUUAGUGACGAGGAGUNGUAA